ACAAAGACGUAGCCCAAAAACAAUAUUAUGUAUACGCGAUAAUAUGUCUUAAGAUGUUCAGCCAAAGUACGUCACUUAAGUCAUUUUACUGCACAGUUCUCAACAUUUAUAUAACAUACGCGAAGUUGUUAUCAAUCGGCCAUAAUCCGCGGCGGUAAACACGUUUCCACCGCGUUGAAAAUGUCAUGAUCAUUUAUUUACUCAUAUUAAUAACAGUGAUGUAUCUAGCCAAGUUCAAAUCUUUAAAUAUCCCGCCGUUUUCUUGGUGUUUUCCGAGCACAAGUGACGAUAGGUACCAAGGCUACGCAGUAGUAUCAGAGUACUACGGUCGCGGGUUAUUCAACAAGCUGACGGUGGUGACGGACUCGCCCGAUGCGCAGUCGCCGGUGGCGCCCGCGCCGCCCGCCGCGCCCGUGACGUCACCGCCCGCGCAGGCCUACGGGCCGGGCGCUGAGGCCAAACUGAGGCUGCAAGAGGGACAGAGUAAACAAGUAUUCGUAGCAACAGCCGCCAAGCAAGUGGCGCCCAAAGGCACGGCAGUGAUCCCGAUGCCAGAAGGCCGUAUGCGGGUACUAGAACAACAGCGCUACAGCUCCAGCCUCGAAGCAAACAUGAACAAACUCGAGCCAAGGGUACACCAAGUGGCCAAGUCUCCCCUCGCUUCCCCGCACCCCCAAAGAAAGCUAGACGCCCCCACUGCGUCCCCAAAGAACAUUUCUUCAGCUAUCGCCAACGAUUCCCCUAAAAAUAAAAAUCCAUUCGAAGAGGAAAAUUACGACGAAUCGAAAAACCCCUUCGCCGACGGAGAGGUCGACGACCCCACCAACCCGUUCGCAGAAGACGACUACGAUAAGAACUUGAACCCGUUCUCGUGAAGUGAUAUUACUGUAAGUAGUUCUAAUUUAUAUUUUAUUUCGUUGUUUUUUUGAAGGCAAGUGUUCGUAAGUGGUUGUAACUUAUCGACAGUUGGUCAAUACCACAAAGGCUGGUACUCCGAAACCACAAUCGAAACUCGAUUGAAACUCAUGUAUCAAUUCGAAUCUUUCAUUGGUUAAAUUUCAAUAUUUAAGCCAAUGAAUGACUUGGACUUAUUCUUGAGUACGCUUGUGAAUUCAUACUUGAAUACCACCUCAUAAUACUGGCCUAUGACCCUGCCUGGUGCCGGCCUGAUGCAAGAUUACUCGUAGUAGUAAGAAAACGCCAUUUUAUACGAGCUUAUUUGGGAAGGUAGAAUCAUAGUGGUUUAAGCCACCGUACAUAGUUAGAAAGUUUAGUUUCAAACAAAAUACCGCAUGUCAACUACUAUAGGUCUUUAACUGAGCAUGGGAGGGUGUUUUUGUGACAUCAAACGUCACCGAGACUUCAGAUCUCCUUCAGAUUUGUAUGCACGUCAUAAUACGUAGGGUUCGAAAGGAUAAUCAUCAAUGAUAUCAAUAAUAACAGAUGGAUAAUAAUAUCGGUUGAUAAUAACAAAACAAUGCGCUUGUCAAAAUGAACUGUAUUAGAAGUUUUGAAUUUAUAUUUCCGCACUUGCGUCUAGUGGUGGGCGUUAACCAACAUAGAUAGUAAAAAACCUAUCUAUUUAGCUCCACAAUGAUCACUAGUUAUCUAGCGUCAAAACAUUUAUCUAUUUUCCAAGCUAUAUGCGACUAGCGAUGGACUUGAAAACAAUCAGCAACCAAAAACAUAAAGCAACAUUCGCAAUCAGAAUUUAUUAUGACAAAUGUAUGUUAUACUGUUGAUAAUUAUCCGAUAAUUUUCAUGAAUCGUAAUUAUCUUGAUAAUUUGGACCCUGAUAAUAUGUCAAUGUCACCCCUACUGUGCCACUCCCAUACCUCAAACACUCACUCAGUAUACCUUUAAUAUUUUAAAUCACUUUGGUUCUACUUUCGCCAUUUAAUAUUUGCA